UUAUUCCCUCUCUUCCAUUGCUUCCACUUUUUUUCUCUCUCUCUCUCUGUUUUUUUUCUUCCUUUUACUUAAAUUAAAUCUCAUGGUUCCAUAAACUCAUGAAACUCCACUCUCUCUCUCUCACUCUCACAUACACACGCAAACACACUCUCUAACUCAAUUUAAAUAUCUCCCUCCCGUUUAACACAAGACAUCAAUCUCUUGUUCAUAAUGGAGGCGUGUCCCUCGUCGAACGCGAACACGGUGAGCGGGUUCUACACGUUCGUGAGCAGGGGCAUGGAGGAGCUGGAGCGAGCGUUUCUGGCGAACAACUUGAUGUCAAUCCAGUUUCUUCAGAGGGUGCUGUCGCUCCUCCGAUCGUUCCACACGCAACUCACGCUUCUGGUCCACAAGCUCCACCUUCCCCUCGGAGACAAGUGGCUCGAUGAGUACAUGGACGAAACCUCUAAGCUCUGGGAAACAUGCCACCUCCUCAAGAACGCCAUCUCCAACUUCGAACCUUUCUACUCUGCUGGCAUCAACCUCGCCUCCUCCCUUGACUCUCACUCCCACCUCUCCCCACAGGUAGUGAGGGCGAUAUCUGGGUGUAGAAGGGAGGCUCUGGGGUUGGAGGAGCAGAACCGCGGUUUGAUGGAGACGAGGAUCCACACUUUGUGUCUACGUUUGGACGAGAGGGUGUCCGUGGAGUCGAAGCUGAACGGGUUCAACGGUUUCAGGGGCGUUCUCUACGCAAUGAGGAACGUGAGUUCGAUGCUGCUCAUGAUCCUGCUGCACGGCCUAGUCUACUGCUGGCCGGAGACAUCGGAGCUGGUGGUGGGGGGGUACGAGGGGGGGAGGCUGUUUCUCGGGUCGGCGGUGGUGGUGGCGGCAACGAGGUUGCGGCAGAGGGUGGCGGCGGAGAUCGGUGGGGCAGGGCCGGGGAUUUUGCUCUACGAGUUCAGGAGGGCCAGGGUGGCGGUGGAGGAGCUCAGAGGGGAAUUGGAGACAGAAAGAGUGGAGAGUGUUAGAGUAUGUUUUGGGGUGCUUAGAUCUGGUGCUGAGAACAUAAUUUGCCAGCUUGAUGAUUUCUUUGAUGAGAUUGUGGAGGGGAGGAAGAAGCUUUUGGAUUUUUGCAGUCAUAGGUAGGUAAAUAAAUAGUAAAUAGUUUUCAGAAAAUGUUCCUCAUUUCUUGUUUGCUCGAUUAAAGAGGGGCUUGUGGUUCAAAAUGAAAAGGCCAUGUUUUUCUUUGUUGUUCAGUUUUUUAGUUCACUUGUUACUUUUUGAUUCGAGGGCAAGAAAAUGAAACAGGAUUUGUUUGAUUCCCGGUUGCGGUCAAGAGGGAAUUACUGACUCAUAUUUCUAAUGCUUAGAUGUUGAGAGGUUGACCCCGUAAGUAAACGAGGAGGGUGUUAAAGAAACAAGUAUGUGACCAGAAAGAAGAGUAACUAAACAAGAUAGAGUAGAUGAAAUGAAAAUCAGUUAUUCAGUUCGCAGUUGCUGAAAGAUUAUGGUACCUUUUAGUAAUUUCAUUAUUUCAAGCGUAUAUCAUUGUGUAUGAUUAAUUUUAUCUCGCUUGAAAUGGUAUUUUGUUAUCUCAUUUUACUCUUUCCAUACUUUAACCCUUUUUACAAUCUCUCUCUCUCUCUCUCAUGUGGUCUUUCUUGAGUUAGUUACCGUAGUUGCUCCAAAAACGAAAGUUAGUUACCGAUGUUGAAACUUCGAUGAUACUGCUGAAGGGAGUGAAGAAGAUUCUCCAAUUGAAUGAGGUUAUGGGUUUAAAAACAAAUCGGCAAUAGAUUAAUAUUAUUGUCUUACACGUAAGCUAGAUGUUGUGCUUCCUCCUCUAGUUAUAGCCGGGUGAAUAGAAACAAACAUAGAAGGUAUUAACCGCGCAGAAGACAAAUGUGGAAAGAACCAAUAAAGGUGAACUUCAAAUGACCAACGAAAGUAAAGAUGUCAGAUCAAUUUUAAGUUUCCUUUUUUUUUUUUUGCGGUGAUUGAUUUUUCUCCAAAACAUUGAAUUUGAAAGAAGGGUCUCGUGAGUUGUUAUAGUAAUGAUUAAUGAUUCUACUCCUGAAAUAAUAGAAUGGAAAGCUUAGAGCUGUAAGGAGCACUUCUGAGAUUCCUGAAAUGCUUUAACGCCAAAAGCAAACUUCUUUUGCUCAUAGGAAGCUUUUGUCUGAUUCGGUUCGCCUUGAAAGCAACGGAGAUGAUGAUGAAAAAUGCUCACUAUGUCAUGACAAGUCUUGCAUCUCAGAUUUUUG